GCAGUGCAUUGUGGGGCGGAAGAGGAGAGUCACCGCUCCGCUAAGGGCCGCCAUCUUGCCUGCGUCCGGACUUGCUCCCGCUUUCGGGGCCUGCUCCUGCUCCUCGCAGCGCAAAGCGGUGGAAAGGGACAAGAGCGAGUGGCCCGGCAGGGCGGUGCUGAUGAGUGCAAAGCCUCCUCGCACCUCUCUCGGGCGCCGCUAGGAAGAGGGUGGGGGUGGUCGGGCGGUCGCCGGCGCGGCCUCUCUUCGCCGGGAUGGGUCGGUCCCGCAGCCGGAGCUCGUCCCGCUCCAAGCACACCAAGAGCUCCAAGCACAACAAGAAGAACCGGAGCCGAUCGCGGUCCCGCUCCCGGGAGAAGGAGCGGGCGCGAAAGCGCUCCAAGUCCCGGGAGAGCAAGCGGAAUCGGCGCCGGGAGUCCCGGUCCCGCUCCCGCUCCAACACGGCCCCUUCUUCCCGCCGCGACCGGGACCGAGAUCGCGAUCGCGCCUCCUCCCCGCCCGACCGCAUCGACAUCUUCGGGCGCACGGUGAGCAAGCGCAGCAGCCUGGAUGAGAAGCAGAAGCGGGAGGAGGAGGAGAAAAAAGCUGAGUUCGAGCGGCAGCGGAAAAUUCGUCAGCAAGAAAUUGAAGAGAAACUCAUAGAGGAAGAAACUGCUCGAAGAGUGGAAGAGCUCGUGGCUAAACGUGUAGAAGAAGAGUUGGAGAAAAGGAAGGAUGAGAUUGAGCGAGAGGUUCUCCGCAGGGUGGAGGAGGCAAAGCGCAUCAUGGAAAAACAGUUGCUCGAAGAACUCGAGCGACAGCGACAAGCUGAACUUGCAGCACAAAAAGCCAGAGAGGAAGAAGAGCGUGCAAAGCGUGAGGAACUAGAGCGAAUACUAGAAGAGAAUAAUCGAAAAAUUGCAGAAGCACAAGCUAAACUGGCUGAAGAACAAUUGAAAAUUGUUGAAGAACAAAGAAAGAUUCAUGAGGAGAGGAUGAAACUAGAACAAGAGAGGCAACGUCAGCAAAAGGAAGAGCAAAAAAUUAUCCUGGGCAAAGGAAAGUCUAGGCCAAAACUGUCCUUCUCACUAAAAAGCCAGGAUUAAAUUGCAACUCUGAACUCCUAAAAGAAAAAAAAAAGUAUCAAAAGAAAAAAAACAAAACAAACACAAAACCAAACAACAACAAAAAAAAGGAAAACAAAAACAAACUUUGUAUGGUAGCUUCAUGUUGAAGUGUUUUUUUUCUCUUCUUUUUUUUUGUCUUUUUUGAAAGUCUGGAAAGUUAGCUUGUUCUAAUAGGGGCUGUGCUCUGCAAUUCUUAAUUUUUUUUUUUUUUUAAACUUCCAUUAAUGUAAACCCUUACCAGAUCAUCGUUGCCUUUUAGAGGGUAAUCUGUUCUCAUUAAUUUUGUUUCUGUAUUAGUGGUCUGAAGCAGAUCAGGUUGUGAAUUGUAGAUGAUCUGAUAAGGUUUUACAGACCUACUCAUCAGAGUUUGACUCUGAUAAUUGACAGAACUUUAUGCUGGGUAUUGCUGACUUUUUAUUUUUUUUAUUAUUUUUUUUAAGUCAGUAAAUACAUGAGUAAAUUGCCAUAGUAUUACUGGACCUCUGUGGUUUAUUGUUAUAUCAGUGUCCUAUGAUACUGUCCCAUUGUUGCGCUUGAUGUUCCUGAUACAGGUAAGGAAAUAGUUUGUCAUUUCUGCUAUGAAUACAUAGAGAGAGUUCAGUAUUGUCUCUGUUAGAUUUGUUUUUAUUACAUUGACAGCAUUCAACCAGCGUUCCCCAUUGUGUAAAUAAACCAAUUUGCUGAAUAAAGUGAAAGUCUUAAAUUCA